AUGCGUGAAGUGGACACUGCGCUCACGUCGUAUCGCUGUCACGCGUGGACAAAGCUGAUGAGCGGCAGCGUAUUAGGAUUACUGGCUGAAGUGGCAGGCCGUAAGAGCGGUAGUUCACGCGGAAAAGGCGGCUCGAUGCACAUAUACGCUCGGAACUUUUACGGUGGCAACGCGAUCGUUGGCUCCCAGGUGUUUGACGAUUGGGCUGGUCUUGCGUUCGCGCAUAAAUAUCGUGGCGAUGGCGGGGUCACCUUCGCUUUAUAUGGGGAUGGCGCUGCCAACCAGGGCCAGGUCUUUGAGGCCUUCAAUAUGGCCAAACUCUUAACCCUGCCCUGUGUGUUCGUUUGCGAGAACAAUAAAUACGGUAUGGGCACAUCGGCCUCGCGAUCUUCGGCUAGCACUGAGUACAAGCGCGGUGAUUACAUUCCCGGCUUUUGGGUCGAUGGAAUGAACGUUUUGGCUUGCAGGGAAGCUACUCGCUUCGCAAUAGAACAUUGUACCAGUGGAAAAGGGCCGUUAAUCAUGGAGAUGGAAACCUACCGUUACUCUGGCCACUCAACGUCUGAUCCGGGCACAUCGUACUGGAGCCGUGACGAGGUGAAGGCACGUCGAGAGAAA